AUUUAAUAGUCGUCGUUGUUUCUUACUAUCUACACAGAUAAACGAUCGUCUUAUCUUAUAAAAUGCUGCUCCACGAAAAGAUACGCGGUUGCUACUGAUCGUGACAUAAUAUUUAUGACUAUACGACCUCGCUACGUGAUAACGUUAGUUAGAUAUAUUUAUUAUAAAUUGAAACAAAUCAAUAGUGUGACAAGUUUAAAUCGGUGCACUUGAAAAGUGAUAUUAGUUAAUAUGAUCAUAUGGACAGUCGUAUUUGUUUUUGUGUUAGUGGUUUUCACAUUAAAGUUAUAUCAAAAAAUAACUUGUGGUGUUUGUCGUUCAAGUGCUCAUAUGGUGGGAAAAGUAGUAAUUGUGACGGGUGGUAAUAGUGGUAUAGGGUUUGAGACGGCUAAAAAUUUGGCAGACCGUGGCGCUCGAGUAAUCAUUGCAUGCCGAAGCAUUUCAAGAGGUACAAAAGCGGCAGAAGAAAUCAUCGAGUGCACUGGAAAUAAAAAUGUUUUGUAUCGCCAUCUUGACUUAUCUAGGUUCCGUUCUGUGCGUGAAUUUUGUGAUGGUAUUUAUAAAACCGAAUCACGUUUAGAUGUUCUUAUCAACAAUGCCGGUGCUGGUGGACUUGGAAACAGGAAGACUGAAGAUGGAAAUCAUUUGGGAAUGCAAGUGAAUUAUUUUGGACCAUUUUUGUUAACAAAUCUAUUAUUGCCACUUUUGAAAUCAUCCGCUCCGAGUAGAAUAGUGAAUGUUUCUUCUGCUAUUCAUAAAUAUGGGGAAAUAGACUACGAAAAUUUAAACAUGGAAAAAUACUGGAGUGAUUAUUUAGUAUACGCAAACAGCAAGUUGUAUUUAAAUUUAAUGACACUUGAGCUAAGUCAAAGGUUAAAAGGUAAUGGUGUCACAGUUAAUGCUCUACAUCCCGGUGUCGCAGUAACAAAUAUAUUUAGGAACAUUAACAAUAGCAUAAUUCGGUAUCUAGUGGAAAUGUGUCUUAAUUUUAUUUACCAGAGUGUUUGGGAAGCAUCACAGACGUCUAUCUACUUAGCUGUGUCAUCAGAAGUGCAAGACGUAACCGGUAGAUAUUUUAGUAAUUGUCAAGAAAAUAAGCCAUCUAAAACAUCUCAAGAUCCAGACAUUGCAACGAGACUUUGGAAAGAAACAGAGAAGAUAGUAAAUUAUAAUAUAAAAAUGUGAUUCAAAGUAAGUUUUAGUCAUCCAUCAAUGACCAUCAAAUAGUCCAUAGUAAACAAGGUCCGGUCUUCAAGGUGACCGGCUGAGACUUCACAAAUAUUCAAAUACUGUCUAAUUAUAACCGUGACUUCACAGUCACGGUUAUAGUGUGCGUUAAAAUACGAUGUAAUAUGUACUUUGAACCUCUAUUUAAUUCGUGUUAAUUUGGGAUAGUAGGUAGUUAUUGAAACUACAAAAGUAUUUUAAUUUGAAAAAAAUAAAUUAAUAU